AAUUACAGUUUUCUUCAUUAGGGAUUUAAAGCCAAUUUGUCUCUCUUGCGGAGGCCUGGAGAAAAAACUUACACACAACGCUGUCGUUUAUUUGUGGGGAACCUACCUGCUGAUAUCACAGAGGAUGAGUUCAAAAGACUGUUUGCUAAAUACGGAGAACCUGGAGAAGUUUUUAUCAACAAAGGCAAAGGGUUCGGGUUCAUUAAACUUGAAUCUAGAGCCUUGGCUGAAAUCGCCAAAGCUGAACUUGAUGAUACCCCCAUGAGAGGUAGACAGCUUCGGGUUCGCUUUGCCACACAUGCUGCAGCCCUUUCUGUUCGGAAUCUUUCACCCUAUGUUUCUAAUGAACUGUUGGAAGAGGCCUUUAGCCAGUUUGGCCCUAUUGAAAGGGCUGUUGUAAUUGUGGAUGAUCGUGGAAGAUCUACAGGGAAAGGGAUUGUUGAAUUUGCUUCAAAGCCAGCAGCAAGAAAAGCAUUUGAAAGAUGCAGUGAAGGCGUUUUCCUACUGACAACGACUCCUCGCCCAGUCAUUGUGGAACCUCUUGAACAGUUAGACGAUGAAGAUGGUCUUCCUGAAAAACUGGCCCAGAAGAACCCAAUGUAUCAAAAGGAGAGAGAAACACCUCCUCGUUUUGCUCAGCAUGGCACAUUUGAGUAUGAAUAUUCUCAACGAUGGAAGUCCUUAGAUGAAAUGGAAAAACAGCAAAGGGAACAAGUUGAGAAAAACAUGAAAGAUGCAAAAGAUAAAUUGGAAAGUGAAAUGGAAGAUGCCUACCAUGAGCAUCAAGCAAAUCUUUUGCGUCAAGAUUUGAUGAGACGCCAGGAAGAAUUGAGGCGCAUGGAAGAACUUCACAGUCAAGAAAUGCAGAAGCGCAAAGAAAUGCAGUUGAGGCAAGAGGAGGAACGGCGUAGAAGAGAGGAAGAGAUGAUGAUACGCCAAAGAGAGAUGGAAGAACAAAUGAGACGCCAACGAGAAGAAAGUUACAGCAGAAUGGGCUACAUGGACCCAAGAGAAAGAGAUAUGAGAAUGGGUGGUGGUGGAACAAUGAACAUGGGAGAUCCCUAUGGUUCAGGAGGCCAGAAAUUUCCACCUCUAGGUGGUGGUGGUGGCAUAGGUUAUGAAGCUAAUCCUGGAGUUCCACCAGCAACCAUGAGUGGUUCCAUGAUGGGAAGUGACAUGCGUACUGAGCGCUUUGGGCAGGGAGGUGCGGGUCCUGUGGGUGGACAGGGUCCUAGAGGAAUGGGUCCUGGAACUCCAGCAGGGUACGGUAGAGGGAGAGAAGAGUAUGAAGGGCCAAACAAGAAACCCCGAUUUUAGAUAUUUAGGCUUUCAUUCCAGUUUGUUUUGUCUUUUCUUGUUUAGAUACCACUUUUAAAUUCUUGCAUUUUAGUAAGAAAGCUACCUUUUUAUGGAUGUUAGCAGUUUAUUGACCUGAUAUUUGUAAAUGGUCUGUUUGGGCAGGUAAAAUUAUGUAACGCAGUGUUUGCAACAGGAGAAAAAAAAUUCUUUUUAUUUACUUUUUUUUUAAACUGUAUAAUGUUUCUCAAGUUAAUGGCAGUGUACCUUGUGCCACUGAAUUUCCAAAGUGUACCAUUUUUUUUACUGUGCUUCGAAUAAAUAGAAAAAUAGUUAUAAUAUUGAUCUUCAACUUUGCCAUUCAUGCUUCUAUGCACAUUUAGGCUAGGUAUUCACUUAAAGCAUGAGCGUGUCUAGGCCUUUGAGUGGCAUAUGCCAUUUCUGGGAAAUGUAUCUGGAGGCUAAGUAUUGCUUUCUGCAAAUGGUGUUCUCCCCCCCUUCCUUGUUUUAAAAAGAAAUGCAUAUUGAAGUAGUUAGGAUUUCUUUGGCAUUAUAGGAAGCAAGCUGGUGCUAAGCAUUUUUAAAUGGUUAUUUUAGAAAAGUUGAACUGUAAAUCUUAAUUCAGGAACAUGUAUUAAGAUUAUGGAAUGGGUAUAAACUACUGGUAGUGAGAGAAAGGGGGUUUGGUUAAACGAUCCCUUAUGGCCCUAUCUAUGAUCCUUUCCUUGGAAGCUUUUGAAAAUGGAAAGAUCAUCUUGUUGCAUUUCCCCUACUGUUUUGUUUUAAACGAAUAAAUUCCCAAGCCCUACAAUUGGCUUGUAUUGAACUUUUGCAUUUGAAUUAAAGAUUGUUAAACAUGA